UAUAAACCUCCAUGGAUUCUUCAUAAACUCGCAUUCCAAUUGAAAUCCCUCCAUCAUUUCUCUACAAUUCUCUAACUUUUCGUUGUUUAUCUGCCAUCAACAAAUUCCCAUGGCCUAUCCAGCGCCGCCUCCGUCGUAUCCGGCGGUGGAGGAAGUGAAAGAGUCGAAUUCGGGGCCUUAUGUUGCAGCGCCGCCGCCUGUUGGGUAUCCGGUGAGAGAUGGUCCACAGUACCCGCACCAAACUUUUACGCCACAAACUCAAUCCAAGGGGGAUGGGUUUUGGAAAGGAUGCGUUGCUGCGUUGUGUUGCUGCUGGGUGUUGGACUGUGUCUUCUGAGAAUGCUGCCUACUUUGGUUACUGCUUUAGACUGGAGCGAUUCACAUUUGUUGUUUUAUUAUUAUUAUUACUAUUACUAUUACUAUUAUUAUUAUGCCCUUCCUUUUUGUAUUUCUGGUAUAUACUAACUACCUUGUCUUAUUUAUCAUUA